AGUUGAGCGCGAGCAUUCUCUCAUUCGGUGCUAUCUUGAGAGAGAGCUGAACACUUCUGCACAACCGUGAGGAGCAACAGGACUACAGAUCUAUUAAACAGGCCAACCAAACUGACCCCAGCACACUCAACACGGACACACAGAGUACGGAAAGAGUUUUGACAGGGGACUGACUUGGAUCAGGAUCAACAUGAGCGAGCGCUUUGACUGUGACAACUGCAAGGAGUCCCUAUACGGCAGGAAGUACAUCCAGGCGGAGGACAACCCUUACUGCAUCCCUUGCUACGACAGCCUGUUCGCCAACACCUGUGAUGAGUGCAAAGAGCUGAUUGGCCACGAUUCAAGAGAGCUGUUUUACGAGGACCGUCACUACCACGAACACUGCUUCCGCUGUUUCCGCUGCGACCGUUCGUUGGCCGACGAGCCCUUCACCAGCCAGGACGAUGCUCUUCUGUGCAACGACUGCUACUGCAACGAGUUCUCCUCCAAAUGUGUGGCCUGUGAUAAAACCGUCAUGCCUGGAACCAGGAAGCUUGAGUAUGCCGGCUCCACAUGGCAUGAGAGCUGUUUCAUUUGCAACAGCUGUCAACAGCCAAUAGGCUCCAAGUCCUUUAUCCCAGAUAAAGAUGACCACUAUUGCGUACCCUGCUAUGAGAACAAGUUCGCACCACGCUGUACUCGAUGUAAACAGGCCUUGGCUAAAGGUGGUGUGACCUAUAGAGAUGAGCCGUGGCAUAAGGAGUGCUUUGUGUGCACAAGCUGUAAAGUCCAACUAGCUGGCCAGCACUUCACCUCCCGUGAGGAUAGCCCAUACUGCAUCAAAUGUUUUGGAAACCUGUACGCUAAGAAGUGUGAAGCCUGCAGCAAACCCAUUACAGGUUUUGGUGGGGGAAAGUACAUUUCGUUUGAGGAACGGCAAUGGCACCAGCCCUGCUUCACCUGCUCUCGAUGCUCCGUGUCCCUGGUGGGUGCCGGCUUCUUUCCCGAGCAAGACGAGAUCCUCUGUCGCAACUGCAACAGCAACCUAUAGAACGCAACCCCCAUCCGCACACCUUACCUU